AUGUCUACCUCGUACCGAGGUGCUCGUCCGGCGGCUAUUGAACCCGCAGCCGCGCCUCGUCCCCUUCCUCCACCCCCGACCACGGAGUCCGCCCACCCCAGCCUCCUGGCAGCCAGCUCCUCCGCCGCCGACAGAAUGCAGCUCCUCCGGGUCUGCACCAUCCUCUUCCAGCAGCAGCACUCCCCUGACUCUCGCCUCCACGCCAACCUCCUCUCGGCCGUCCACAGCCCUCACUCCCGUCCCCUUGCUGCCGCCGAGCUCUUCCUCCAAGUCUGCAACACCUUCCCGCUCUCAUGGCGCCCCUCCUACCGCUUCUACCACUUCACCCGUACCCUCCCCGACUUUCCCCACUCCACUGUCACUCUCAACAAGAUGCUCGACGUCAUCGGCAAGUCCCGCAACAUCGACUUCUUCUGGGAUGUCCUCAACGACAUGGCCCGCCGCCUCCUUGUCAAUGACAAGACCUUUAAUAUCGCCCUCAAGACCUUGGCUCAGGUAAGGGAGCUCAACAAGUGCGUCAAGUUCUUCCACUUGAUGAAUGAGAACGGAUGGGAGUACAAGGUCGAGACUCUGAGCAGAGUUGUUGAGACUCUCUGCCGGGCCAAGGUCGCCGAUGAGGCCAAAUUUCUGGUCUUCAAGCUGAAGGAAUGCGUUCAGCCCAACGGAGUUAUUUAUGGGUGGUCGAUCAAGGGGUUCUGUGAUGUGGGCGAUCUGAUUGAGGCAUGUCGGGUGUGUGGAAUCUCAUGGUCGAUCAAGGGUUCGAACCUGAUAUACGUCCGAUGGAAUCGGUCAUGGAGACCCUUUUCAAGACUAAUCGAUACGGCGAGGCUCUGA